CAUUACACGUGAGGCAGACGUUCUCUGACUGCGACUGCUUGGCGAAGUUUACUACGUUAUUGAAUGCAUUUUUUAAGCUCUUGCAUUGGGCUUUCCAGACUUUUGGCGAUGACUCGCAGUCGCUUUGUAUUUUUGGCUGUUAUUGUGUGUUUGACAAGAGUUUUUGCUUUUAAUUUGGAUGUAAAAGAUCCGUUCAUCUAUAAAGGCACGUCCGGGGAAUAUUUUGGAUAUACUGUUGUGCUACACAGGCAGAGAGCUGUAGGAAAUUGGGUAAUUGUGGGUGCACCAUUUGGCAACAAAACGUCAGGAGACACUGAAAGAACUGGUUAUGGAAGUGUGUAUAAAUGCAGUUCAAAUUCGCAGUCAAAUCCAUGUCAAGUUAUAACGAUUGACAACAGCAAUCCUUUGAUAACUUAUUGGAGCGAUGAAAAUGGCGUCACCCUUACGGCGAAUUUAGAAGAGAAAAACGGCCAGAUGCUUGGAGCAACUUUGGACAGCAUACCUACCCAAGACAACGGCGCAUUGUUGGCCUGUGCACCAAAGUACACUUUCCGUGGAGAGGUUGCGCGCAUUCCUGACGCUAGACCUGAAGAUAGACGAAAGUUACUGUUGGGAAAAUGUUUUCUAGUCAGAAAUGACUUGUCUGGUAGAACGUCGGACGGUAUUCGGCCAUGCUAUCGCGGCGACAAUGGUUAUAGCGAUCAGUACAACGCAAAUAAGGAAGGGGCGUGUGAAGCUGGAUUUAGUGCUGCUCUGUCACAGGAUGGGUUAACUGUGCUUAUGGGUGCUCCCGGGAGAUACUUAUUGAAUGGAUCAAUCUCAGUGUUCUAUUCUGAUACUCAAGAUUCUGCAAGAACCUUUUCAGCCCUGUAUCCUGAUCUUAGCAGUGGUAGCGCUUUGGGUUACGCCGUUGGAAUUGGAAAUUUCAAAUCUCAAAAUAAGAGAAGAGAAGAGUUUCUGGCGAGUUCGACGCGAGCUAAUAAUCUCCUGGGAAAGGUUGUAGCAUUUGAUGUGAACACGGACAACUUUGAUACGUCCGUCAGCUUUACUCUUCCUUUGCCCGCAACUGCUCAGUUGGGAAGCAAUUUUGGUCAAUCUCUUUGUGUUGUGGACUUAAACAAUGACGGUUUUUCCGACUUGUUGGUAGGUGCUCCUUAUUACAGACACAGUGAAUACGGAGAUGAAGGAAGAGUUUAUACUUACAUGAAUAGCGGAAAGACCCCUGGGACUCUUAAUCAUAAGGAAUCCAUGACACUGGAUGGGAGAAAAACGAUGAGAUCUCUUUUUGGGUACGCGAUGGCUGUCGCAGGAGACUUAAACAGGGAUGGAUUUACAGAUGUUGCAAUAAGUGCACCGUAUGGCGGUAAAGAUCGAGGAGGUGUUGUAUUUAUUUACUUCGGCACGAAAGAUGGCAUUGAAAGUUCGUUUAGACAGGCAAUUGAGGCAUCCGACAUUUCUGUUGGAGUGAAGACGUUUGGAUUUUCUCUGGCGGGUAAUGUUGAUGUGGAUAACAAUGGCUAUCCAGAUCUCGCUGUUGGUGCUUAUUCUUCAGACAGAGCUUUCCUUCUAAGAUCACGACCAAUUGUAGAGAUGGAAGGUGAACUUAAACUGAGUGUGACUCAAAUUUCACUGGAAGACAAUAAAACUGUGCAGCUAGCAGCAGACGGUGUGUCACGAAAAAGUAUCAAUGUGACUGUUUGCUUGAAAUACAAGAAUCAAAUGCCGUCCCUUGGUCAGCCAAACGUCUCUUUCUCAGUCGAACUUGACAAAGAUCGCUUUACAGACGGUUUCGAUCUUCGCCGGAUGUUCUUCUUCCAAGAAGGCAAGACUACAUUCUCUAUCACACGGCAUGUCGUAUUGACGAAGCAGAAUGAAUGGCAUUGCCAGUUAGUUGACACAGCAUACCUCAGGGAAAAGGACCAACUCCAGGAUGUGUUUGAUCCAUUAACAUUUGAUCUGACCUACGAUCUUUCUCAGUCACCGUCCUGUACACUUUGUCCAAUUUUGAACGACCACAAUGACAUUGCUCAGCGGUCUUUUAGAGCCACAGUAGGCUUUGUCAAGCAAUGUGGAAACGACAAAAUCUGUCAACCAGACUUAGCUAUCAAAGGAUCACUGAUAUACGGCGACGGGGAGCAAAGCGAGCUUCUGAUUGGGGAUGUCAAAACACUUACUGUCCGGGUAGAGGUAGAGAACAAAGCACAGGACGCAGCCUACCCUGGAAAGGUCAUGGUUACAUAUCCAUCCCUCAUCGACUACGCUUACAGUGAGGAUGUAUCCUGUUCAACAAAGUUGUUGGAGGACGGCAACAGGCAAGCAGAGUGCGCCAUUGGAAAUCCUUUCAGGGGGAAUACCAAGAAACAGUUCGAUGUCAUAUUCAACGCCCAAAGAAUCACGGGAAACAUAACUCAGUUUAGUAUUCAUCUUGAGGCUACAAGUGGUCUCAGUGAAGACGUGGACAAAUCUAAUAACAAGGAAAGUCUCCAAGUUCCUGUCAAAUUUGAAGCAGAUCUUAGUAUUGUUGGAUUUUCUAAUCCAGAUCAAGUGGUAUACAAGGAUAAAGUUUCUGAGGUCAAGAACGCUUUUGAUAUUGGACCUUCAGUAAAGCAGACCAUAACAGUAAGGAACAACGGCCCCAGUCCUAUCGAAUAUGCAGAGGUUACAAUUGAGGUUCCAUUUAAGUAUAACAAGGAGGAAGGUCCAAACUACUUGCUGUAUUUGAUGGGAGUAGACGUUCUCGGAAAUGCAGGAAGUUGUAAUGUGAAGAGCAAUCCUUUAAAUCUUCAGCUGAAUACCAACAACAGUCAACGAGAACAAGAGUCCAGUUCUUCAAAAGUAAGAAGGCGGAAAGAAAUAGAACAGACAAACGAAGAACUGCCAUGCAAAUCUGAUAACGCCAUGACGUGCCUAAGGGUUCCUUGCGUCUUGGGAAGAAUGAAGAAAGGGGAUGAUGUGAAGAUACAGAUAAGGUCCCGGCUCUGGCAGAAUACUCUCAUUAAGACGAACGCUGGCUCGAUGAACCUUACAACGACGGCUCAAGUGACUCCUCCAACUGGUGUUAAAGAACCAAAAACUACAGAUAACAUUGUUAAGUUCGGCUUCUUUAAACGAAAACGCUUUAACAAGGAUGAAGUAGCCGAGGAGGAAUUGACGCCCAUGAGGACACUGGAACCAAGCUCAGAUAGCAACGGCAAAUCUGGCCCAGUCCGUGUUUAAGUCCAAGCCGAGCUUUAGACAGCAGAAAUGGCUGCCUAGAUAACCGUCUUUUGAUUGGAUUUACAACAAGCAGAAAGAAAGUACUAGCCUUACAUCAACUUUAAUCUGUGACGUUUAGAAAAAAAAAUUCGAGAAUAUUUAAUUACAAGAUGUAAAGUUUUAAAUUGAGAUCAGCGGAUUUACCGCAUCGCCCAAACAUGCAAGCUCAGUCUUUGGUCAUAAGUGUUUCGGCGCGCCCACGAUCCUCUCCAGACCACCGUUAUUUCAAAAGUUAGGCAUGUGCAAUUGGAUCAAUUAAAGCCAGCAGUGCCCUAAUUUCUAGGGCUGAAUUUUCUAUUAGAAACUGACGAAAUUACCGAAACUUGAAUAUUACCAAAACGGAUGUACGUUUAAAAACACUGAUUAAUACUGUGGGUUUCCGGCUUGUUUUGCUUUUUCUUUUUCGAUAUCAGUCACAAUUGGAUACCUCUUGGUAUCUUGGAUUUCAACUUUUGCACCAGCGCAGACGUUUGGCCGCUGUGAUACCGGGGUGUGGACAGGAAUGCAGGUGCACCUGAACAACCAAAGCUGAAAAUUGAGUCAACAAAACAUUCCGUGAUCGCUAGUUUACUAAAUGCUGAUAAUAUCAACUUAAAGUAUUUUUCUUAAGACCUCAGUUUCAUACUGUUGAAUAACUAAUAAUAAUUUUGAAAUUUCAAGUUAGGUCGUCAUGUUCUUACGAGGAAAAAUGACUCCAUUUUCAAUUUGCAAUUAGAGUUUCAAUGAAGCCCAUAUGUCUAUUUUUGAAUACUUUGGGAAAAAGAAAAGUCUUCAAUAGACUCAAAGUAUUCGAUGUAAAGCAUAAUAAUAGUUUUCUUGAAAUAGACUGUACAUAGUUAGAAACGGGAAUAAAUUAUUGCUUCACUGAA